UACAGAAAGAAGCCAUUACCUAGGAGUAGAAAGAAGAAGCAAUAGCUACAGAAAUGGCAAAGACCAUCAGUUCCAUCUGCUUCACCACUCUUUUGCUCGUUGUCUUAUUCAUUUCGGCCGAAAUACCAAAGAGCGAGGCGACAUGUACGAAGUAUUUAGGCGAAGCCAUAUUGGCGUACCCAUGUAGUGAAAGCUAUUGUGAAGCCAAGUGCGCUGAGCAUUACCACGAGUCAUGCAGAGGAGAGUGUGAGGAUCAUGAUCAUCAUCACGGAGUGCAUUUGACAAAUGACCACGACGAUCACUGCCACUGCUACGGUCGUUAUUAAACUGAUGAAGUAUCGAAUUAAAAAAGUAAGAAUGUAAGCGUGGUGGUUAUGUUGGAUUUAAGUGUAUGUGUGAGCGUUGUUUCCUUUUUUAAAAAUAAAAUAAAAUAGUACGUAGGACGAAGCUGAUGAGUUUGCUUCCCUCUACGUCUAUGAUGUACGUUAUUUCAAUUUGAGUAAUAAUAAAGUUGUUUAUGUAUGUUA